AAGCUAAUUAGGUUGUGUGAUCCAAUACUUUUUUUUUUGUUGUUGUUCCUAGUCACUUUGAGCUUCUAUCAAAGGGACUCAAGUCGGUUCUCCUCCUUGUAAUUUAUUUUCUGAAUUUGUGUAUGUCUUUCCUAUAUUUUUUGCUUUUUUAUUUUCAGGUAUUUGUUGUGCUUUGUAUGAAACCUCCAAAUUUUGAGAAAUUUCAAUUCCUAAUGGAUUUCAAAUGAAUUUGGUUGUUUGUCACAGCAGGAAAGAAAAUGAAUGAUUUUAAAUUCUGUUUUUAUUUGAGCAUUUUUCUGACCAAAAUUGUAGUAUUUGAUUGGACUUUAAAGUAAAUUACAUAAUUGACUACCCAUAGAAGCUAAAAUUUGAGCAUUUUUUUCUUUUCAAUAACCAUCCAAACCUAAAAUUUGAAAGACAUUCAUUUCGAAUCUUUUUCGUUAUUACAAGACAUUUUUUUCAACUUUGUAAAUCCAAAGAAAGGCCUAAUUUGCUUGGUUGUGUUCGUAGUUUGACUUGAUAAGAAGUCAAGUUUGUCUCCUUGCGAUUCAAUACAUUUGAAAGAGGAAAAAAAUUGAGUGCAUACACGAUGAGGAUAUCUAUGUGUCUCUCCAUAUAUGGGUUCGAUGUAACCUUUAAUUUUAUUUUUGUGUGCCAUAUUAGAUAGCUGCAAAUCAUUGCCACUGGAAGAAGGGGCAGUAGCCGUUUUUUCUUAUAAACUUUGAAUUUGAAUGGUUUUUCAUUUUCGUUUCACGUAUUUAAGAAUUACAUCAUAUUUUCUUGAUUGCAAGAGACGAAUCCAACCUAUAUGUCGACCCAAAGGAAAUUUCUUCGAACUUCGUUGGGAAUCAGGAUGAUCCCGGACACUAGGAGAGUAAGACGCUUGAAGCUCGUCUUUUACCAUCCACAAAUUGACGUAUCAUAUGGGGGCAAUAUAAAUACAAUAUCUUUGUUGACGUACCUUCUUCGUCGUUGACAAAUCCCCCAAAAAUGCAGAGUCAAACCUCUCCAAACCCACCUUCUUCGACCUCCACCGCGGGACCCAACUGCACUCAAUUUCUCCAUUUUGAUCAUCUCAGAGCCACACCCUACUUGGGUCGAGUUAAUAUUCGGAUGAAAGUUGUAUUGUGUAUAAUAAUGGCAGUAUGGAAUUUUUCUUCCAAGUUUUAUAGCUUGUUUCCGGUUUCUACUACCAACUUCGACGAGAGAGUGGCCAUUUCCUUUAAUUUCUUUCUGUUCCCUUUUCUGGGUAUGGUUGAUUUUUUGUGAAUUACGAAAUUCCAUGAUUUGGGUAAUGAGUUUUGGUCCUGAUUAUUUCAUUUUUAGUGUUUUUGUUUUGUUUUUUUUUCAAAUGAAGUUGGUUUGAAAUUGAUGCUUUGUGUGGUCUUACUGUGGCUAUGGAUAAUCUUCAUGUACUUCAUUUGUGCCAUUUAGUCUUUUUCUGUGGCUUUUUGUACGGAAUUCCAUAGUGAGUGGUUUCAUAUCAGUGGAUUUUAUGAUUUUAUGCACACAACUUGGUGUGAAUGUCUAAUGAGGUGGCGAACUUAUGGAGAGACUCUUUUCAAACGGACUUUUAAUCUGAUUUCUUAGUUUUUUAUUUUUUAUUUUUUUGCCUCGUAAGUUGGUUGUGCAUGUUUAUCAUUUUGAAGAAAUUGAUGCUCAUAGCUUCAUAGAGGAUACUGAAAUCUGCUUUCAUCUUUUCAAUCCUUUCAACUACUGGGUCACUUGGAUCGGAUCUUGAUCAUCCUCAAUUUGUUACUGGUCAGGUUUCAUGAUUCUGCUAAGGAAAAUUACUAGAGUGGAGUUUCAUAGUGGAUGAGUAAAUGAAUUCAGCUUUCCACAGAGGGUUGGCUUCUAGUUUUUAUGGAAUUAGAAGCUUCUUCUUCUAAUAAACUCAGGCCUGAAGGCUUUCCCUCAGAGAAGAAAAUUCUUGAUCCACAAGGGCCAUUUCUUCAAAGUUGGAACAAGCUAUUUGUGUUGUCUUGUGUGAUUUCUGUUUCGUUGGAUCCUUUGUUCUUUUAUGUUCCUGUGAUUGAUAUGAGAAAGAUGUGCCUUAGAUUAGAUGGGAAAGUGGAGACUGUAGUCUGUAUACUGCGGUUUUUUACAGAUUUGUUCUAUGUUGUGCAUAUUGUUUUUCAGUUUCGUACAGGAUUUAUUUCUCCCUCUUCACGAGUAUUUGGAAGAGGUGUUUUAGAAGAAGAUUCCUUGAGAAUAGCAACGAGGUAUCUGUCAUCGUACUUUCUAAUUGACAUUUCUUCAGUACUCCCACUUCCACAGGUGGUGAUUCUGAUAAUGAGAAGUUCGAGAUCAAUGAAUACAAAGGACUUGCUGAAAUAUGCUGUAUUAUGUCAAUUUGUGCCAAGGUUUCUUCGAAUCUAUCCACUGUACAAAGAAGUUACGAGGACGUCGGGCAUACUCAUUGAAACAGCUUGGGCAGGAGUGGCAUUUAAUCUCUUUCUGUACAUGCUAGCUGGCCACGUAUUUGGGGCAGUCUGGUACUUAUGUUCCAUACAGCGAGUAGGCCAGUGCUGGCAAGAAGCUUGUACCAAGCAUCUUGGCUGUAGCUUUACUUCCUUAUAUUGUGAUCAUAAUUACAUUAAUGAAGGGAAUCAAUUCCUCACUGAUAUGUGCCCUGUCAAAAAGAAAAAUAUUGAACCUUUUAAUUUUGGAAUAUUCAUUCAAGCCCUUCAACCUGAUAUUGUGGAAUCAGAUUUUUCGAAGAAGUUCCUUUACUGCUUCUGGUGGGGCUUGAGAAAUCUAAGCUCUUCGGGGCAAAAUCUUACUACAAGUCCUUGCAUAUGGGAAAACUGCUUUGCCAUUUCCGUUUGCAUCUCUGGCUUAGUGUUGUUUGCAUUUCUCCUAGGCAACAUGCAGAUGUAUUGGCGAUCCUCAAAUGCAAGAGAGGAGAAGAUGAGAGUGAGAAGGAAUGAUGUCGAACAAUGGAUGUCACAUCGUUUACUCCCUGAGAACCCAAGGGAGCGGGUUCGUAGAUAUGAACAUUACACGUGGCAAGAAACCAGAGGUGUUGAUGAACAUAGUCUGCUGCAUAACCUGCCUAGAGACAUCCAACGACAUUAUAAACGUCAUCUUUGCUUGGCUUUGCUCAUGCGAGUUCCAAUGUUUGAAAAGAUGGAUGAACAAUUGUUGGAUGCAAUGUGUGCUCGUCUCAAGCCAGUGCUGUACACAGAAGAAAGUUGUAUUGUUCGGGAAGGCGAUCCAGUUGAUGAAAUGCUCUUCAUCAUGAGAGGCAAGCUCUUGACCAUGACUACAAAUGGUGGGAGAACUAUAUUCUUCAACUCCGAUUUCCUCAUGUCUGGUGAUUUCUGUGGAGAAGAACUACUGACAUGGGCUCUAGACCCUCAUUCCUCAACCAAUCUCCCUCUUUCAACUCGAACUGUUCGAUCUCUUACAGAAGUUGAAGCAUUUUCUUUUGAAUCCAACGACUUGAAAUUUGUUGCAUCUCAAUACCGCAAACUUCACAGCAAGCAGCUACGCCAGAUUUUCAGAUUUUACUCACAGCAGUGGAGAACCUGGGCAGCUUGUUUCAUACAAGCAACAUGGCGGUGGCGACGCCAUCAAAGAAAGAAGCUCAAAGAGUCUCUCAAGGAGGAAGAGAGUAGGUUGAAAAACGCAUUAGCUUCCCUUGAGGACCAGUCACUGAGUUUAGGCACCACCGUCUACGCAGCCAGAUUUGCUGCUAACAUGCUUCGCUCGGUGAGACGAAAUAGUACUAGAAGAGCUACAAUAGCCAUAUUGCUUCAGAAGCCAGCUGAGCCUGAUUUUUUGACCUUGGAAGAUAACAACAUAUAUGAAAGAUGACAUUCACAUUUAUUGUUUACAACUUUAUAUUACAUUUUGGUUUGAAAACGAGGACAUAUUAAACUGUCAGUUCAAAUUUGGAAUGGUUGAUUUCAUUGCAUUUACAAUCUCUCUGGUAGAAGAGAAUCCUCCAAAUAAUGAAGUUUUGGUUGUAAUGAACUAAGCAGUAGGAGAAAUGUCUUUCUGCUUUUGAUUAUUGCAUAUCGACUAGUCUUUGGUAGAGGGUCCCAGUUUUAUUGUAAAUUAUUGAACACUUCCCUAAAGAAAUUUCUAGUUAUACUGCAUUGAGCAUGUGCUUUUUUGCA